UCGUCAAAAAAAAAAAUCGAAACCGCCGAAAAACUGCAUCGUAAGUCCAGAAGCCGAAAAUACGUUAAAGCCGAAGCACAAAAACUCAAAUCCAAAAUAGCCAAAAAAAAAAAAACCACAGCACAAAGAAGAGCAAGUGCAAAUCAGCAGUGUGAAAGAGAGAUGGGUAGGAAGAAUGGAGUGCCAGAGUUCGACGAAACGGCACCGGAUAGCUUCGAUCCGGCUAAUCCUUACAAGGAUCCGGUGGCGAUGUUAGAAAUGAGGGAGCAUAUAGUUCGAGAGAAAUGGAUUGACAUAGAGAAGGCGAAGAUCCUCCGAGACAAGUUGAGGUGGUGUUAUCGCAUUGAAGGAGUCAACCAUCUCCAGAGGUGCCGCCACCUCGUUCGCCAGUACCUCGACGCUACCCGUGGCAUUGGUUGGGGCAAGGAUGGGCGCCACCCCUCCCUACACGGUCCAAAGGUUGAGGAGGUUGAGUCAGAAUGAGUGGCUGCAUAUGGUUAUGAGAGGUGACUGAAUUUGGCCAGUAAAGGAAUGCAUGAAGUGAUGGAUUUGAAUAACUGCUCGCUUACAUAUUAUUCUUGUUUGUGUUGCAAGACUCUCAAAACAGACGGGACAGGAUCUAUUUUUCAUUUGAUUAUUUUCCAUUAUGUUAAUCCUCUUUUUGUCAGCAUCCAAAAUCUUGCUACUACUUGAGCGAGAUUAUCCGUAACAGUAAAUCAGAUAACGGAAUAAGUUUCUUGUCAUUUCCUGCUUGAAAUGAAUUACGAUGUUGAUAAGGGAUUUGUAGUUUUCAUACCCAAUUUGAUUGCUGAUGUGAUGGAGUUCAAAAAACAAUACAUCUUCUGCUAUUUUGAGUUU